GGGAUUAUACUGUUAAGGUAAAACAAAGGAAGAACUUUGUUGGAAGACUACGUAAACAUAUCUCACAAUUCAGGUUGAACCCAGAGAGAUAUUCUAUGGAUUGCCGGUGGGUUACGACGGUCUGAAACUCUGCGUUGAGCUUUGCGUCCUCAGUAGUGAAUAUGCAUGCAAGUCGGCAGUGUUCGCCACCCUGGAAGGUGUGUGCUCUCUGAACGAGGAGGAUUCUCUAUCUGCUCCAACUAGCUUCGAGCUUUCUGAUACCAAGAAUCACCUUUACUUUGAAAACGGAUGCACUUCACAACCAGAACUCUCUUCACGAAUGUCGAUGAACUUGCAAAAGGUGAAGUCGCUGCCUGCGAAAACGCUCGAGAUCAAGCCCAUAAAACUGCGAAAACUUCUGAAGCAAAAUGGGCGCGUUUUAGCUGUUUCCAUUCCACACAUACUGAAAAAUUCUAGCUUACCCAUUUCAGGUAAAGGAGUCCAAACGUGA